GUUGCUAGGGUCAGUAUACAUAUCAUGUAAAUUAUGGAACUGUUUGCUUUACAACAUUCUAAACUAAACACUAGCCAUUACAUACCUUAUCCAACUUUUUUUUUUUUGCUAAUUUUUAGACAAUUUGUUGAUUGCCUUAUGCCUCUGUUGUCAAUGGAUAGAUUACUCAAACAAGCUACCUCUCUGGUUUUCCCUUCUUUGUUCCCAACCUCUCCGAGGAAUUACAAUGUCUUCUUGAGUUUCAGAGGAGAAGAUACACGAAAGAGCUUCACGGACCAUUUAUACAAUGCACUGAAAUUGGCUGGUUUACAAGUUUUUAUAGAUAAUACAGGUUUGCCAAGAGGGAAGGAAAUUUCCCCUGGACUGAUAAAAGCUAUUCAAGAAGCAAAAGUUUGUAUUGUAAUUUUCUCAAAAAACUAUGCUUCUUCAAGAUGGUGCUUGGACGAGCUCUUGGAGAUCCUAGAUUGCAAGAAGAAACUAGGGCUAAUUGUUCUUCCUGUAUUCUAUAAGGUUGACCCUUCUUUCAUAAGACAUCAAAAGGUCCAUUUUGAAGAGGCUCUUGACACGCAUAAAUGGUUUGGAAAAUGUUUUUAUGGUGACCAUCAAACGAAGAAGGAAAAGAUAGAAAUGUGGCGAGCUGCAUUACACGAAGCUGCUAAUAUAUCCGGCUACUGUCCUGACAACGAUGCAAAUGGGCAUGAAGCAACUACAAUCGAGAAAAUUGUUGAGGAUGUUCUUCAUGUAGUAGAUCCUGAUAAACAUUUGAAAUAUUCCAAGAUCAUGGGAGAAAUCAAAACUCGUCUGUCAUUCAUGAACAUCGAGAACAAUGUACAUGUGAAUGGAAUAAUGGGAAUCACAACCAAAACAAUAGUUUCCAGUGGUAUAGCCAGAACAGUAGCCAAUGCAGUAGCUAAUCCCCAAGGUAUCUUGGUAGAAGCAGCAACAGCAGCAGUUGCCAGAGUUGUUGCUGAUAAGGUUUUAGAUACCCUCAAUUUUUAAGUUAUAGCUGAAUCACAGAUGGCACUUCAGUAAAUUAUCUUAUAACAACUAAUACUCCCUCUAUUUGAACACCGAGAGUCUUUUCUAAAAAUUUCUUUUCUACUCUGCUAAAAUCCUGAUAUCCAUUUAUUUACUAUACUAAAAUAUGAUCGAUAUCAUUUGAUUGCUCAGUACAGGUGUUACAAUCAGGCUAAGCAAACAGUAGGCUGAAUUGUUGUUCAUCUAGCAAGAAAAAUGAAGGGCAUAUUGCAACCCAUGUAGCUCCUGAUUAAUGUCCAGAAAGUGUAUCUGUAUAUCUAGUACUAAGCAAACUAUAAUGUAUUAUCAGUUACAAUUGCAUUUGUGUCAUUAUUCAGAAAAAUGUUCUUCCUUUUUGUGCCUUUCUUCUGAGACUCUCAAAUAAAAAUUUCA